AUGGACCAAAUCGUUCGUGUAGGGCGAAGUUUCGAAGGGACUUUUCGUAGUUCUCUCAAAUGGGCUGUCGAACUUUUCUCUCUCCCGGCACACGCGCUGGAGUGCGUCUCCCCUGAUGAUUCGGUCAAGGAUAAUACGGAGAGCCCAAUGGUCACGGCAAAUAAAGGUUCGAAAGAGUUCAUCACGACUUGCCUGCUUUGCUUCCCCAUGGCGAGUCAGAAUAUUGGAAACGAUCUAGAGAGCGCUCUAGAGGAGCAGAUAUUCUUGCAUUACUGCAACAUCAACUUCUCCAACGGUGCAGCCAACCUCCUCGUUGGCUUCCUGCACGCUGAGGAGCUGCAGCAGAAUGCCCUCGUGAAGGUGCAGAAAAGCAGUCUGGACGUCGGUGACGAGUGGAACAGACAAGAUACAUCAGCUGCUCUGGAAGAUAUAAACUUGACGGUACACAAGGGGGAACUCGUGGGUGUACUUGGUAGUGUGGGCAGCGGGAAGAGUAGCUUGUUGUCAGCGAUUAUCGGGGACGUGCGAAAGACAGAGGGUGAGGUGGCUUUGUUCGGCAAUGUAGCUUACGCUGCUCAGACUCCUUGGAUUCUUUCUGCGUUGGUUCGAGGUGAUAUACUUUUUUCACAUGAGUACGAUGAGGCGCUUUAUAACCUUGUUAUCGAAGCUUGUGCUUUGAAGCCCAACUUAGAUUUUCUCCUACAGGGUGAUCUGACGGAGGUCGGUGAAAAGGCCAUUACUCUGCCAUCUAUUCCCACGUUGCCCGACACGUCUUUGAUCAUGGGUCCUCAAGGCUUACUCGCAACCAAAGCGCGCGUUCUUGUCACUAACAGCAUCUCGUAUCUCAAGUAUUUCGAUCAACUUGUUUACCUGCGCCGCGGUAUGAUCUUGGAGAGUGGAAAAUAACAAAUAACUAAUCAAUACUUCAAGAUCAAAUUUUAUU